AAAUUUCCAAAACAUUUACCAAUGUACUGUAUAACCCUGUAUUUGGUCAAGUUUGCAACAGUUCAAACAUAAUUAAUAUGGCAAGUGAGCAAAAAAAACAAAAAACAAACGACAGCCUGGCAAAAGAACUAUCAGAAAAAGCGUGUUCGGCUAUCGACAAUUUAUCUGGCGAACUUCACGAACUGAGCAACAAACUAUGGGCAAAUCCGGAACUGAAAUUCGAAGAACAUUUUGCCCAUGAAACCGUGACAGCGUUCUUUGAGAAACAUGGAUUUGACGUGCGAAAAAAGUAUCCAUUAGAAACGGCUUUUGUCGCCUCGAACAAGACAACGCAGCAAGGCAACGGGCCAUGUGUGGCAGUACUAUGUGAAUAUGAUGCAUUACCAAAAAUUGGUCAUGCUUGUGGUCAUAAUUUAAUAGCUGAGGCCGGGGCAGCCGCCGCAAUAGGUAUAAAUGUAUUUGAAUAGGGGUAAAAUACAUAUAUUUUUGAAAGCAAUUCUUAUUAAAGAGUAAUAUCCAAAAAUUAGCACCAACCAAAUGUCUUCCAUGUUCAUGUAAAGUGCUCAUGCUGGCCCUGAAUCAACCCCUGCCCCCAUCAUCCCCCCCCCCCAUGCCUGACUGGAAAGUUUGGAAAUUGCACAAGCAACUGGCAUAUACAAUACACCCUUCCAUAUGAACAUGACUUAAUUCUGAAUUUUAGUAUAAAUUGUAUCCUAGGUAUUAAAGCUGCACUUGACCAUAAUGCAACUGGUAACUUGGGACAUCUUGUUGUCAUGGGAACACCUGCAGAAGAAGGUGGUGGUGGUAAAAUCCUCAUGCUUGAUGCAGGCUGCUUUGAUAAUGUUGAUUUUAGCAUGAUGGUCCAUCCAACACCAUACGAUGCUCUGUAUGCACCAUAUCUUGCAAACCAGAAAGUAUUUGUGACAUUUAAGGGCAGAGCUGCACACGCCGCUGCAUUUCCAUGGGAGGGUAAGAAUGCCUUGGACGCGGCAGUCCUGAGUUACAAUGCGAUCAGCAUGUUACGACAACAGAUGAAACCAACAUGGAGAGCUCAUGGUGUUUUUACCGAUGGUGGAACUGUACCAGGGAUAAUUCCUGAAACAUCUCAGCUGCAUUAUUUUUUCCGAUGUCCAACAUUAAAAGAUUUGGAAGUGUUGGUAGAAAAAGCGGAUCACUGCUUUAGAGGUGCUGCUGAAGCCACAGGUGAGUGACAUGAUUAUGUUGAGUCAAGACAAAGUAUAGACUUUCUGUGAUUUUAAUGUUUUGUUUGCCAAAAAUACAUCUGAUUGCUUUAUUUUUAUCAUGUGAUUGCUUUAUAUUUGGACUAUAAAGCACAUAUAUUUUUUUCAACCAAAACUAUUUUAAUUUAAUUAAACUACUAACUUUGGAACGGACCUUCACGCAAAAUGUUGAAGUUUUUGUUGUAUUCUUGAGUUAUUUUGACCCCACAUUCAAGUUUUAAAAUUUGUUUUAUUUAUCUUUUUAUAUUUCUUUAGGAUGUACUGUUGAUAUAAACUGGUAUGGUUACGGUGAAAGUCAAAAACCUUAUGUCGAUGUAGUUAACAAUCCAGUUCUAACUGACCUCUAUAUAAAGCAUGCCGAGUCCAUGGGAGUUAAAUUCCCACCAAAGACUCUCCAAGAAACUUUCAUGAUGGGCUCGACCGACAUGGGCAAUGUCUCUCAUGCUGUCCCCGCAAUCCACCCAGUUUACAAGAUUGCAAGCAUUGCAGGAAACCACACACAUGAAUUCACCGCGGCAACAGGUGGCACAGAAGCACAGCACCCUACCCUUGUUGCAGCGAAGUCUAUGGCAAUGACCACCAUUGAUAUUCUAUGUAAACCAGAACUGUUAGAGAAAAUGAAGAAAACAUUUAGAGAACCAUAGUUAUGUGCACUGGACAUAACUUUAUAAUGAAUAGGGCAGGUAGGACCUGCCUCACAGUCUACACUGAAUGAACGAUAUGACACAAACUGAAUUAGAAAAAUUAAGAUUUGAUAGGACGGCGCACAGUGGUGAUGACAGAUAGGACCUAAAAGUGAUGUAGUCUGUUUGACGCAUUUAUUUAGUAAAGAUGACAUAGCCAUAGGACUGAUCACUCAGUGAUGACAUUGGAAGUUCAAGAUUUUCAUGUCUGUCAUCUCCCAAAUCAGAAAUAGAUUAGCUCUUUCAUAUAAAAUUAUAAUUCUGUAUUUGAUUGUUUCAAAAUUCCAUUUAUUUUUUUAAUUUUAAUAAAAUG